AUGGACUAUAUCCGCAAGCUGCACAAAUACCGGUUCUUCCGGUUCAUCCCGAAGGACACGUACACGGGCAGCAUCGUGAUUACGGACCUGAUCGAUUCCUUCAACCGCGGCAUGGGAGUGUCGAUGUUCAAACGGGACUGGAACCUGUGCCAUUUGGUGUUCGUAUUCGGCAACAUGAUUUUGACGAUUUACCUCAUCAGCGUUUUCUACACCGGCAUCCUGUAUCGGCGCGAAAUCACGAAGCUCAUUUUCUGCGUCUCAACGUUCGGAUUCGGAAUUCAGGCUUUGGUGAAGAUCAUCUUCUUCGUUUUCAAGCGGAGCCGAGUUCUCGACCUAAAUGAAGUCAACUUGCGGUACUACAAAACGAUGCUGCACGAGAGCGAGAGGGUGCGGCGUGUGAUUUGCGAGAACAUCACGCUCAGCUACAUCGUCGUGAAGGGCACGUUCUACAUUUACCUAGCGUUCGUCGUUGCCUCACUGGUCAUACCAGGGCUGGCGUCGUUCUUUCUGCCCGAAAGGAUUCUCCCGUUCGGUUUUAUCCUGCCGUUCGUGGACCCGGACUCGUUUGUCGGAUACGUGCUGAACUACUGCUCCCAGUCGAUCGCGGCGUACUACUACUGGCGGAUCUCGGCCGGUUCGGAUUGUACGAUCGUCUUCAAUCUGCUCACGGCCUCGGGGCAACUGGACGGGCUGAUGACGCUGAUCGACGAACUGAACGACCAACUCGAGAGCGGCGAAGCGCCGGCGGCCAUACGGAAGAAGAUUGUGAAGAUCAUUCAACAACACCAGUACCACCGGGAUUACCUCUCGCAGUUGAUGGAUUUCCUGUACCUCUAUCACAUCGGAUCGGUCGGCUUUGGGGUGCUCACGAUGAUCAUCUCCGUGAUGGGAAUAGUGCUGCUCGACUGGUACUUGGGGGCUAUCUGUACCGUGAUGGGUUCGGUGCAGUUGUUUUACCUGUGCUUUCUGAGCACAAGCUUCGAGAUCAAGACCGACACGUUGAUCGAGCACGUUGGGGCCAUCAAGUGGGACAAGCUGUCGUCCGCCGACAUGAAGUACAUGAAUUUGUUGCUUUUGACGUCGCAAAGCCCGAAGCUGCUGGAAGUGUUCACUACGCCACUCAACAUCAGCUCGUACGUGCAGAUUCACAAAAUGAUCUACACCAUGAUUAUGAUGCUACAAAACACUAAAUCGUAA